AUGUCUUUAUUAAAACAAACACCCGUAUUCAAUAGCAAGGACUCGGUUGCAACUUUGGUACUUGUCUCUGUGGAAGCUAUACUCUUGUCGAUUCUCGAAGGAUUGGUUGUCAUGAAUCACCUUGCAUUGGUCAGCAAUUGCAACAUGGAUCGCAAGGGGCAGGGUGUUAGUGAAUCGGAUUUGAUCUACCACUCGCUCUUCAUUGUUGCACAGGUGUUUCAAGUCGUCUUGUGUGUUGAUGCCUUGCAUAGUCGAAAUACAGCUCAACUCUGUACGCUCUUGGUAUUCGGCUAUGGUGGUAUCCAGCUUCAACAGCACAUGAUCCUCGAAAACGUUGGAUGUGGUUCGGAAGAGCUCUGGGCACCCACGGAUCCUCGAUGGUCGGAUACGAUUCAAGGACAACAAGAAGCGAUCACCUAUUAUCGAAGCAAGAUGCGGCCAUUGGAAUACAGCAUUAUUGGUCUCAUCCCUGCUUUCUUUUUGAUGUUGACAUUUUUCGCUUGGCGUUUACGAAAGGAAUUUGCAUGGGACAAUUACAGGGCAUUUUCAGCCGAUAUCCGCAUUCGCCAUGCAUUGAUCAUCACAAGUCUUUUGUUGACACUGCUCAAGCUUGAUUUCUUUUUCAUCUUUUCGUUUGCUGCACAAUUGAUUCCUUCUCAAAAGCUUCACUAUGAUGAGACGGUGAGUGAAACGGUGCUUGUUUUCGUUCUCGGUGCUUUGGGUCUCAGUCUCGCCAUCUUGGCUGUGUAUCGCGAAAGCAUUCAUUGGAUGAUGGCCUUUAUCCUUUGCGGUGUAUUUGCGAUUGGCUACAUGGUAUACCGUCUUGUCAGCAUCUCACUAUCUCGGGACCCUGUGGAUGAUCCUUACGAGUUUACACGAAGGUUUCUCAUCUUUACUGUCGCCAGCGCCAUUGUAUUGAUUUCGUUGACCGUCUUGGUGGCCACUCGCUGCUUGUGGAUUUACAAAAAAGGGAUCUACGUGUACGCCAAUCGAAAACAUGUUGCCUGGCAACAAAGAGUCAACAUCAACCAAGAUUUGGAUAUCAUUGAGCCUGACGACGACGAGGAGAAUCAGCCUUUAGAUACUACCUUGUUGCAUGAGACUAGAAAAUGA